AUGGCCCCCCCUUCGCUGCGCAUCUCGAUCGGGUGCAGCGUGGAGGAUUUGAAAGUGUACAAUGUGAAUAGCGAAGAAGCAGCGCUCAUCUCGACGGACAAAUUUCAAGGUCGAAUCGUCGUCAGGAUCAAGGAUUUUGCGGGAGAGGUGCCGCUGGGAAAAGAGAGGAUCGCUCAUACGGGGUAUUUCGACGAGGGAGUGGGCAAGGGAAAUACUUGGAGCAUUCAAUUGCAAGGUGAGCAAGCCAAUCACUCGACGUGCUGGUCGAGCCAGAGGGGGGGAGAAAAAAGGUGGCUAAGAGCUUCUGAUGAUCCCUUGAAGGACGCUUUUUGAAGGACGUGAACGCAAACGACUUGGUGUGGGGCAACCAAGUGAGUGCGAGUCGUCGCAUUUGAAGUGAUCUUGGCCCCCCCUCUGACCUGUUUGAUGGCCACUUGCGCAACAAGUUCGAGAAGCCCAUCCGGGUGAGUGGAGAGUGGGAGCAGCUGUCUGGAGGCGCAGAGCAAGACUGAGCGAAGCGCUGUUCAUUGCGACCCCGGGCUUUCAGGACAUUCUGCCAUGGGGCACAUCGGUCGCUCUGAAUGCCCUUGGGUACAUUGAUCCGAACCUGAAGCACGACAUCUAUGCUGACAGACCGUGGGCUUUCAGGUGAGACAUUGCUCAGCAAGAUCACGAGUGCCGCACACGGAAUCCUUGCUUCAGAGCGCUCAUCUGUUGCUCAUCUUGCCCAUCAAACAGCCCUCUCAUCGCGACAAUGACGCGCGUCAACGUAGCUCGCGUUCCAGCAGCAGCGGAAGCCAAGACGGCGGAAGAUGCCUUCGAGUCAGAAGGUUGGCCUCCCUUUCCUCAAGGAGCGGUCAAGGGGGGUGAUGAAAGCUACGUGCACGACGAUACUUCGGUCCUCUUGCUCAAAGAAGGUUCUGACGAAAUUGAUGCCCAGUUGGAAGAAGACGGCGUGGCCGAUUUGUCCACCGUCAGAUCACUCAAGGGAGGAAGAGGUGGAAAUGAACAUGCUCAUCAGAGGAGAGCUCAAUUUUGGAAAGAGCACGUCAGGGAGAGAGUCUUGAUUGGUCGCAAAGACCUCGUCACUACCACCACCUUCGACAAUGGCUUCAUCGAUUUCAACAGUGAGCAGCAGCCAGAGAGAUCAACACCUUGCCCUCUUUAGUGUGGGCCUUUGCUCACUGCCACAUUGCAUCUUGCAUAGCCUUGCGUUUGGAAUUGCCCUACACGAACGGGAUGGGCUUCGAUCGUGAGUACUGCAGUCGGAAUGCAGAAAAGUUCGAGCUGAUGACCGAUAGGCCCGAUUGCUCCCGAUUCGCAAUCAGUGAAAAAGUAUUGGGAUGGACAGCCAGUGCGCUUCUACUGUAAGUGACGCUUGAGCCGCGAAGACACUUGCCCGUCAAACCCAGCUGCGUCGAGCGUCUGACAUGCAAGCCCAACUUCCGACUCUGCAGGCAAAGAAAAAUCCGACGACACCGUCUUUUUUGUGGUCGAGUUUACCAUCAAUGAGCUCAAGACGUAG